AUGGGCCCUGACAACUACAGUCUCCUGUGCACCCAGGGGAGGACUGCACACAGCGGGGCGUGGCGGCAAGGGAGGCCCGAACCAAGGGCGCGCGUUUACCUCUACUCGCUCCCGGGGUCUCCGGGCGGACAAGGCGGGGCCCGCGCUCCCCGGCAGCGCAUCGAGCAGCUUCUGCCUCUGAACGCCCGGAGGCCCCGAGUCCGCGCUCCCGGCCGGAGGCUGAGGGAGGGACAAAGGCCGCCCGUCGCCCGCCGCGCACCGAGAGCCGAGAGCCGAGGCCGCUGCCUUCCGAGUCCCUCGCCGACGCGUUCGUUUGGCGGAGCCCAAAGGGGUCUGACGCGCACGGAACCAGGAACGUCGGGCCCAGGUGUCCGGAGGAAACGCAGGCGAACGCGGGGGCCGGGACGGAGGCAAACGCAGCCCGGCCGCGGCCUCCCAAGGCGGCCUGAAGGGCCCGUGGGACCAGGAGCGCGGAGUGUGCAGGGAAGACGGAGCCUGCUGGAGAGAGGCUCUCUAUGGACGACCCCACUGAAGAUUCAGGAGUCAAAACAAGAGCAGCACUGCAGUCCCCCAUCACGGAUCAGACGUUCCGCAGGAGAGGCCAACGCGCAGAGUGGAGCGGGCGUUAGGAGGCCUCCCAUAACCCCUUCAGCACCCAGCGAUCUCAUCUCGUUCAAUGUCUCGGAUUGUCUGCGUCUUACCUUCGUGUGCCGUUCACGCGUAGGACACCCCCUCUGCUAGGAAACAUUCUGUAGAAUAGAUGUGAUUACAGGUAAACACAAGAGCCUGAGAAUUUUUCUUUUAAACGUUUGGUGAAAUCACAUGACUUUUGUAGUAAGAUGGUAACAUAAGAGUUUGAUGCGUCUGAAGUAACCGAGUAAAACUUGAAAGAAAAAAACACAAUGACCCGUAUUGGAGGUUGGGGGUUCGGCAGUUAAAGGGAGGGGUAGGGCCAAGGUUUGAUCGGGGUAGAUCGAAAAGAGAUGGAGGGGUCUUUGCAACGAAGCCAUGGAGACAGGAGACAGGGUAGAAGGGAUUUAUCUAGAGUAGAAUGCAUGAGAGGAAUAUUUAAAAGAAAGGGUAUGAGGACAUAUGAUUACUGUAACUCCGUUCAUGACAAUGUCCUAGGAUUCUGAUCAUUUAUAAGCAGAGCAAGAAUAAUCAGAGCUAUCUUUUGAACCAAUAACAGUCCUCAAAUUUGUUUAAUAAUAAAAAAAAUUUGAUAGGUGCAUGUGCUUAAUAUAAAUUCCUGACUCUCCAGAUCAUUUAAACUAGAGUCUUCUGGGGAAAGGCCAAGGUGUGGGUACUUCUGUUUAGUAUGUGUUCUACAUGAUUCUUUUAUUCGGUAAGUUGAGAAAACGCAGGUUGACCAAGACCGUGACAGCGGGUGUGAGAUUUUGCUAUCCACGGUGCUUUCUGGUCGUCAUUAGCCGGGAGAAGAACCACAAAUAACAAUGGUUUGGGUCUGGGUCUAGGAGAAUGCUGGCCACGCCGGUAGGGCACAUCUGCCCCACUCCCCCCUGGAAAGCUACAGGAGAUGCGGUCGGUCGGCUGACCAAGCGUCACUCUAAGCUCCCUUGCCACGUUCACCAGAGUCUGGAAAAGCUAAACACCCAGCUUCCCGAGCACUCUUGGGAUACAUCUACAUGACACAUAUGGGUCAAUGAGAUCAAAGUUGAGGUUUCCUGGGUGUUCUAGAAAUGCUUUUAUUUCCUUGGUCUGCAAGGCAGACACGACCGGUGCCACUGCAUGCUUUCU